UGCGACGCAAGCGCAACGCUACACCCCCGCAGACUCUAGUUCAAUGUUUCAGAAUUUUUAAUGCGAUUAACCCAAUUGAAUACACGCGCUUGAACUGGAUUUUUCUUCUGACCGCGGGAAAUUACACAAAACUACGGUGUAGCUGCUGUUAUACAUUUACUGGCUGGUUUAGGGCAUGCAGUGUAAAAGCUGUGCAUUCUUAUAGCCUACUUCAGGCAGUUUUGUUGCAGUUAAAGUAGGUGGAAAGCCAGAUUUGGAGUCACACUCGCCCUGUACUCGUCACAGUACACGGACAGAAUGAAGGGAGCAUCGAAAUGUUAUCGUUUGUCGGUGGUUCUGACGUUGGUGUGUUUGAAGUACUCCGUUUCAUUUAAUCUGGACGCUGAUAACCCUUCUGUCUAUUCUGGACCAGAAAGGAGCUAUUUUGGAUUUUCUGUUGAUUUUUUCAGGCCAGAUGACAAGCAGUCUAACGUGAUAGUGGGAGCUCCCAGGGCGAACACAUCAGGAGCCUCCUCCGUGGUGGAGAGAGGAGCGGUGUACAGCUGCCCCUGGAUGAGCUCUGGUGCCUGCCAGGAAGUAUCGUUCGACAACACUGAUGACAAGAAGAGCCAGACUGGGAUUCAGAUGGAGUUCAAGUCCAACCAGUGGUUCGGUGCGUCCGUUCGCUCGGACGGAAAACACAUCUUGGCGUGUGCCCCCCUCUACCAGUGGAGCACGGAGGCCUUCAGCGACCGGGAGCCGGUGGGAACCUGCUUCCUGAAGACAGGAGCCACGGUGGUGGAGUAUUCCCCCUGUCGAUCCAAGUUGAAGUCUCCAUCAGGCCAGGGCUUCUGUCAGGCAGGCUUCAGUGUGGACUUUGUCAAGAAUAACCGAGUGGUGGUGGGGGGGCCAGGCAGCUUCUACUGGCAAGGCCAGCUGAUCUCAGACGACAUCUCCGAGAUCAUCGCCAGAUAUAACAACCAGUUCUACACCCCCUACAGCAAGACCAUGACCACCAGUGCAGCCGACUUCUCGUAUGACGACAGCUAUCUAGGUUAUUCUCUAACUGUUGGGGACUUCAAUGAUGACGGUGAUGAUGAUUACAUCACUGGGGUUCCGCGAGGCGACAAAGCUCGAGGCUAUGUGAACAUCUUCAACGGCAAGAAUAUGGAGUCCAUGGUCAACUUCACCGGAACACAGAUGGCUGCUUACUUUGGUCACUCGGUAGCUGCGACUGAUAUUAACAACGACGGGAUGUUGGACCUGUUGGUGGGGGCUCCUCUCUUCAUGGCGGGCUCAGAUGGGAAGCUGCGGGAGGUGGGCCAGGUGUCUGUCUACAUGGGGAGGGGGGGCUUCUCCUUCCACCCCCCCAGGAAGUUGACCGGGGGGGAGAUCUACGGUCGCUACGGCAGCUACAUCUCUGCCCUGGGGGACCUGGACCUGGAUGGGUACAACGACGUGGCCAUCUCUGCACCCUACGGGGGCCCCCGGCUCCAGGGCCUGAUCUACAUCCACAGCGGGCGCUCCACGGGCCCGGAGCCCGCUGCCUCCCAGGUGCUGGAGGGCCGCUGGGCCUCCUCCUACAUGCCCGCCAGCUUCGGAUACUCCAUGACCGGCACCGACAUCGAUCAGAACGGAUACCCAGACCUGCUGGUGGGGGUGUUUGGAGCUGACAAGGUUGUUCUCUACAGGGCGAGGCCCGUCAUCAGUGUCAACGCUACCCUGGAUAUCAGCCCUCUGGUCCUCAACCCGGAGGAUCGCAGCUGCAUUCUGCCUGAUACCAAGACCCCUGUGUCCUGUUUUAAAGUCAAGUACUGUCUGGAAGCCAAUGGGAAAGGAGCCCCAGCCUCCCUCAAGUUCCAGGUGGAUCUUGUGCUAGACAGAAAUAAACACAAGGGGGCGAUCAAGCGCGUGCUCUUCCUCCAGAGCAGGACCUCCCAGUUCAGCACCAACAUGACGAUAGCCAAUAAGAAGGGACUGACCUGUGGCGAGCAGGAGGCCUUUCUCAGGGAUGACUCUGAGUUCAGGGAUAAGAUCACUCCCAUAGCCGUGUUCAUGGAGUACAGCCUGGACUACAAGCAGGCUGCCGACAGUUCCGGCCUACUGCCCAUCCUGGACCAAACAGCCUCCUCCAACCUUAUGAAGCAGGCCCACAUCCUGCUGGACUGUGGUGAGGACAACAUCUGUAAACCUGACCUGAAGCUGUCUAUCCAGAGUGACACGAAACAGAUCUACAUCGGAAGUGACAACCCUCUGAAGCUGGAGGUGACGGCGGAGAACGGGGGGGAGGGGGCGUACGAGGCAGAGCUGCACGUCACCCUGCCCCCCCAGGCCGACUUCACUGGGGUGGACCGCAACAGCCAGACUCUGUCCCGACUGUCCUGUGCGUACAAGAAGGAGAACCAGACCAGACUGGUGGUGUGUGACCUGGGGAACCCCAUGAAGGGAGGAGCUAAAGUGGUGGCAGGACUAAGCUUCAGUGUUCAUCAGCUGUCAGAACAGGACACGUCAGUCAAGUUUGACCUGCAAAUUGUCAGUUCCAACCAGUUCAGCAGCAGCAGCACUGUGGUGUCCAGCGUCAUUCAGCUGGCUGUCCUGGCCAGAGUGGAAAUCAGAGGGGUGUCGGCUCCAGACCAGGUGUUCCUGCCCAUCGCCAAUUGGCAGCCCAGAGACCCCCCUGAGGUUGGGGGCGACAUCGGACCCCAGAUCCUUCAGGUCUAUGAGCUGCGCAACAACGGACCCAGUACGUUCAGCAAGGCUGUCCUGGAAAUAGACUGGCCCUACAGCUUCAACAAUGGCUCUCUGCUCUACAUCACCGAGUUAGAGAUGGACGGACCCAUAACCUGCUCCACUGACUUCGAUAUCAACCCCCUCAACGUGAUUAAUCCCAUAUCAGAGGAGACCAACGUUACCACGGGGACUAGCGGGGACCGAACCGACGGCAGAAGCCGCAACCGCCGAGAGGUGGAACCCAAGCCCCCCGUGGACGCCCUGGAGACUCUGGACUGCACCACGGUCCAGUGCCAGAAGAUCACAUGCGAGGUGGGUCGUGUGGAGAAGGGCCAGAACGCCAUCCUCUUCAUCCACUCCAGACUGGCCGCCGCCACCUUCCUCAAGAUAGGCAGCCAGAACCACUCCUACACCGUGCGCUCCUUGGCGUCCUUCAGUGUGACAGAGAUGCCCUACAAGAACCUGGCGUCUGAUUUGCCCUCUAACUCCACCAAGGUGGAAGUGUCUGUGAUCUGGGUGCAGACUAAUGUCUCCCAGUCUGUCCCUGGAUGGGUGGUGGCCCUGGCCGUUCUGUCUGGACUGCUGCUACUGGCACUGCUCAUCUUCAUCAUGUACAAGCUGGGCUUCUUCAAGCGCGUACGCCCCCCUCAGGAGGAUGACAACGCGGAUAAGGAGCAGCUGCAGCCGCAGCAUAACGGGGACACAAACCCAGACAGCUGAGCGCCGCCCCCUGCUGGUCACACACGCUUCAUCUGUGGCCUGGAACACUAGCUGCUGGCUCAACUAUACACACACACACACACACACCUAGACACACACACACACACCUAGACACACACACACACACACCUAGACACACACACACACACCUAGACACACACACACACACCUAGACACACACACCUAG